UUUGCUGCCUGCGUUCCUCUCCAAGGAUGAUAAGGCGCAUGGAUGCACUCGUCCCAGACCUCGUACCCGAAAUGUGAUAAUACUAACAUAAUUUUCUCCAACGACCCUUAAUCUGAUCUCAGUCUGCGGUUUUUUUUUCUUUCUCCCGUUUUUGUGUGUGUAUGUGUGUGUGUGUGGAUUGUGUUCAUCUUUAACCUGCCAUCACUGUAGCCCCCCGCGUUGCGUUGGCGCUGCGGAAUAGCCUACAAGAACAAGAGCCAGCUCACAGCCGUGGAAACAAGCGGAUCAAUUUAGGGAAGAGAAAAGGAGAGAUAGGCAGCGAGGUUUGGAAAACUGGCGAUCUGAAGAAGGGACGAGGGGAGAGAAAACAUCGACUUUACGCCGCCGAAACAUUAAGUGAGAAACAACGGCCUCCCCGGAGACAACACUUUGAAGAGCAUACCCUGCCCAAAAUUGACUUUCUAUUCUAAAAAUUGUCAUGGGAACAAAAGAUACAGUAUUCCCUACAAUGACCUGUUGAACAGAAAAAGUGACUGCUUGAAGGAGAGAAAUAACAAACAACAGAAUAAGAGCUUAAGAUAUGAACAUAAAGACAAGCACUUAAGGUCCCCUGUUUGGAGGUGACUUGUCAACAUCAUAGCAAUAGGGGCGGGUCAUGACUCAGUUGCCAUGCGUGUUGUCAUGGUGACCAGCCCCUGUUCCCCUUCCCCCCUCCUCUGGUUGGUCCAGAUUUUGUUGUGGUUUCACAACCAUGGACCACAGCUGACAGAGGCAGCACCCCCCUGCCCCAACCCUUGUACGUGCUCCAAUCAGGCGAGCCGUGUCAUCUGUACAAGGAAGAGUUUAGAACAAGUCCCGGACAGUAUUUCAGAGAACACAAGAUACCUCAAUCUACAAGAGAACACUAUUCAGGUGAUCAAGUCUGACACAUUUAAGCACCUGCGGCAUCUGGAAAUCCUCCAGCUUUCGAAGAACCACAUCCGGCAGAUUGAGGUGGGAGCUUUCAAUGGCCUUCCCAACCUCAACACGCUGGAGCUUUUUGACAACCGUCUCACAGUGGUACCGUCUCAAGCCUUUGAGUACCUCAGCAAACUAAGGGAAUUAUGGCUACGGAACAACCCCAUCGAGACACUGCCGGCAUUUGCCUUUCACCGUGUUCCCUCUUUACGCCGUCUCGAUCUAGGGGAACUCAGGAAACUGGAUUUCAUCUCGGAGGCGGCCUUCGAAGGUCUGGUCAACUUGCGCUUCUUGAAUCUUGGCAUGUGCGGCUUGAAGGAUAUCCCUAACCUCACCCCGCUAGUGCGACUAGAGGAGUUGGAACUGUCGGGGAACCAGCUAGGGAUAGUCAGGCCUGGAUCCUUCCAGGGCCUAGUGUCACUUCGCAAGCUGUGGCUAAUGCACUCCAGAGUGUCAGUCAUUGAACGCAAUGCUUUUGAUGACCUCAAAAACUUGGAGGAGCUCAACCUUUCCCACAAUUCCCUACAUUCCCUGCCCCAUGACCUCUUCACCCCUUUGCACCAGUUGGAGAGGGUACAUCUUAACCACAACCCUUGGGUGUGCAACUGCGAUGUUUUGUGGCUCAGCUGGUGGCUGAAAGAAACUGUUCCCAGCAACACCACAUGUUGUGCUCGAUGCCAUGCUCCCCCAGGUAUAAAAGGCAAAUACAUUGGGGAGCUAGACCAGAGCCACUUCACCUGCUAUGCCCCAGUGAUUGUUGAGCCACCCACUGAUCUUAAUGUCACAGAGGGCAUGGCCGCUGAGCUGAAAUGUCGUACAGGAACCUCGAUGACCUCUGUGAAUUGGUUCACUCCAAAUGGCACCCUGAUGACCCACGGAUCGUACCGAGUUAGGAUCUCAGUGCUUCAUGACGGAACACUGAACUUCACAAACGUGACCGUGCAAGAUACUGGGCAGUAUACUUGCAUGGUGACCAACUCCGCCGGAAAUACCACUGCAACCGCUGUGCUCAAUGUGUCUGCUUCGGACCCAAGCAACGCCUACAGCUAUUUCACAACUGUCACCGUGGAAACAGUAGAUACAGUGAACGUGAAUGAGGAGAACUCGGCAAGACAGGAUGUGAAUAUGACCUUCAUAGAAUUCUCUAAUCCUACGGGCCGGGGAGGGGUGUCAGAGAGCCGACCAGGCAUCACUAUACCGCCUUCUCUCUCCUCUCUUUCCUCACUGUCCCCACGAGCCAACAGAGGUACUGAUAAUACUGUGACUGUGUCCAUUAUGGAUGUGACUAAUAUUCCAGGCUUGGAUGACGUAAUGAAAACAACUAAGAUCAUCAUUGGUUGUUUUGUCGCCAUUACCUUUAUGGCAGCUGUAAUGUUGGUGGUCUUCUACAAGCUCCGGAAGCAGCACCAGCUACACAAGCACCAUGGCCCCGCCAGAGCCAUCGAGAUUGUCAAUGUAGAAGAUGAGAUCGGAGCUGGGGCCGGGAGCGGCAUCUCAGGGGGUUCAACGAUGAAUUCCGGCAGUGGAGAAGGAACCCUGAGGAGACAUCAUCCGGAAAUAGUCAACCUCCCCAACAUUGGCCGUUCAGAUACUCUCAACCAUUACUACAAAACCCAUCAUUUCAACAACAACGUGAUGGGUCUCAGCAUUGGCUCCGACGGGAUGGGACAAGGAAUGAUGAUCAAUAGCAAGAACCAACAAAUGCAUGAUAUCCCCAUCUCCUGUACCUCAGUCCCAAUCUCUACAGCUAAUAUGCUCACCUCAUCAGGAAAUGGCAACAACAUCAACCCUUGUUCUAUGUCCCCACCGAUGCCGAUGUCUCUCCCCAUGCCUACCAUGGGCUUACAUGGAUCGAUCAAGGGUUUCAUGGGCCAAAACCAGAAUCCCCAAAUGGAGCCUCUUCUCUUCAAGGGGAACUCGAAGGAAAAUGUCCAAGAGACUCAGAUCUAAAAACAAAAGCGAGAGUUUAGAGAGAGAGUGAGCAAGACUGGGAGACAGAGAGGGGAUUGAUGUUGGGUUUAUUGCGCGGGAUGAUUAGACACUAGAGUGCAUUGACAUUACACCAGGAGAAAGGAUAGACUGACACGGCAAUACACCAACACAUAGACUUAUCCGUGACAGUCUACUGAGCCAAGGAUUACCACAAUGGGCCACUUGUGUUUGUGGUAACGAUCAUGGCCAUGGAGAUCAAGGAAUGGACAUUGCUACAAUGUAAAUCUGUGCCAAAGCAAAUGUUUUUUGCAGUUUCUACAAGCUGUGUUCUCAAAUAGGGAAAAACUAGCCUUUCAGAGAAAUCAGUCCCAAAAUCGUUGAAGGCCAGCAGAGAUGAAAGACAUUCACAGCACUUGCCACACUGAAGAUCGGAGAUAUUACAGAACAAAAUCCAAGAGACAUUUUUCUUCCACAUUAAACACAAACCACACUCUCUCUCAAGUGACUCAAUAGACUCCCUCAAGGUGACAAUUAUGUAGGCAUAAAUAGAUGGACAAAAAGGUACAGUGCAGUACAAACUACUGUGAAAAAUCCACAAAUUAUAUAAAUAUAUUUUCAUUUAAAUAUGUAUCAUUGCAAACUCCGAUGCAGAGAUAUUUUGGGGUGGAUGUAUAAGCUGGUAUAGUUUGUUUCUUUGUGGAUAAUCAGGGGCGGUGAUAGUGAAGGUUGGUUAUGAUACAUGUUUUAAGUUUGGCUACUUCUCAGAAACAUAAGGGCUCAAUUGCAACACUCAUUGUGAAUCUUUGAAUUGGCUUUGUGACAUAAAGUCCAUUUAGGUUGUAGAACAGUAAUUGCAGAUAUCUGUUUGACAAACUUUUUCUGUUGCUUCAGUAAUAAUCAUUACAAACUUUUGUGUUCUGAGAGUGUAUUAUGUAUUUUGUAAAAGCCAGCUACUUGGUAUUUGAAUUGACAAUUCUGAUACUUAAAUGCCAGCAUCAAAUAAUGGUUAAAACAAUGUUCCAUAAAAAAACAGAGAAAGGUAUUUGCGAAGAUCUGUUGGGUAAAAUAAAGUGUUGACGAUGUGUUAUUUGAACCAGAUCAGUAGCCAGAUAUUUGCUUUUAGACAGGAAUUUGAUAUGACCUCCUUGCUCAUGGUUACCAUAAUCAUGCCAUAAAAUGCUGUCAUAAGAUUAGGAUGAUUAUUAGACAUCUAUCUACAGCAGCAUUCAAGAAGGGAUUAAACAUCCAUCUUAUGAUGAUUGGAAUGAAUGGAAAUGUACAGUAUAUUAAUAAUAAUAAUGUCUGGUUGUAUGACAAUUGUAAGAUCCACAUUUUUACAGUGUAACUUUCAUAUGUUAAAUGCCAUUUACGCUUCUUGCGUUUCAACUAUGUAUUUCUUUAUUUUUGUUAGUUUGAUAUAAUGUGUACAGUUGUCUAGCCAUGUAUCAUUACGUGUGAAAUAAAUCAAUCAUAUAUUG